CACGAAGCGUGCACCGGACCACGCUUGAUAUUUGGAGGAAUCGACGGCGCAUUUGGAGUACACUUUGGAUUGGGACAGCCGCUGUCACGUCGCUGUGAUGUAAUAGGUCUCAAAAUGCGUACUUCGAGCGUGCGGUCUCUUAAGUGGGACACUAGGAUUUAGUACAAAAAAGAUAAGCUAGUAGCAAAUAUGAUGGUUUUUUUUCUCUAAAUCUUCGCACUGUUCGUGGGUGCCUUGGCCCUAGAUUGUGCCUUUAUCCACAAGGUGGAGUCAUUUCACCAUUAAAAACCCCACAACUUGGGAAGGCUGCCAGAAACCAAAGCAACAGGCAGACGCUGCUGCCAGACUCCGAGAAAGUCUAGAUAGAAUUGAACUGAUACUGGGUCAACUGAGCAUGGCAGCAUGGGAUACUCGCUGAUGAUUCCUUUUGAUGUAAAACUGCUCAGGCCAUCGCUGCAUAUUAAAAGUUUUUAAAUCAUCAUAGUUUUCCAUUCACACAAGUUUGAGUUAUUCUAAAAAUGUAUUUGUGCGUUAUUUAAUUAGUUAGUAAGAAUUCACUUUUAAAAUCGCAUUCACUGACUUUUUGUGUCCAGGUCUGACAAAACUGUUUUCUUCUGUGCGCACAUUUUCUUCAGUAGGCUGAAAGCUACCCGUAGGUGGUUGAAGCCCCAGGGUAAAGCUGUUAUCUCUCUCCCUCUCUCUACCACACACAAACACAAUAACAACAGCCAGGUUGCAGCCAUAGCAACGCCACCGGUACGCCGUUAAGUGAUGUGAAUGGAAAGCAGACGGAGGCUUUGAAGUCCACACUCCUUCCUCUGCCGCCGCCCAGUCUCGCCCGGUUUAAGGUACGGAAGUGUCUGUUUGCCUGUAAUGGACGAGGCGGAGGACAGCGAGGAGGAGCCCAAAUUCCAGAAGGCUCGACCCCUUCAAGUAGCCAGCUCGGCUGGAUGCGAGGAUCAUGGGAGUAGCAGGGGGACCAAUAUGAAGAAAUUCUCGCCAGGAGGCGGAGCCGUCUCUCCUGUGCGAAAAAACUCCAACAACAAUGAGCUCUUCCUCUUGCGAGGCGAGGACUCCACACCUUUCACUCCCAGCGGCAGCUGUGCAUUUGCUCUGUUGUGCCAGAGGGAUGCUGCUGGCGGCACAGAGUCAGACCACAGGAGUGCAGGGGACACAGUGUCUGAGGCGGGCGUGAUAGGAGAGGGGGGCAUCGGUAUGAUAUGCAACAAAAACGGAGACUGUAGAAGAGACCCGGCCAGUUCAGGCAGUCUUUCUUCUCUCAUCUCAAGACAGGAGAAGCAGGCAGAUGGAGUAGUAGCAGCUGAAGACGAUAAGGAGCUGGCUGCGAGCAUGGACGGCUCUGUCACUUCAGCAGGGUCCCUGACACAGGGGCCUGGGGCCGAGGUCAAGACGACGGCAGCAACGGAGAAAAAGGACUCCAGAGUUUCCUUCUCCAACCCCCCGAGUAGUAAAGGACUGGCUCAGCAGCCAAGAAGUUCUGUCACGUUCAGCAAAGCAGAGGACGGCUCUCAGAUAGUGCCAGAUGAUGGAGAGUCCAAGGGGAAUCAGACAUACAUGCAGCGGCAGUUUAGUGCCAUGCUUCAGCCUGGAGUUAAUAAAUUCUCCCUGCGCAUGUUUGGCAGCCAGAAGGCAGUGGAGAAAGAACAAGAACGCGUAAAGUCAGCGGGUAAUUGGAUUAUCCACCCAUACAGCGACUUCAGGUUCUACUGGGACUUCACCAUGUUAAUGUUCAUGGUUGGCAACCUGAUCAUCAUCCCUGUAGGCAUCACCUUCUUUAAAGAUGAGACCACCACACCCUGGAUCAUCUUCAAUGUGGUCUCUGACACCUUCUUCCUCAUGGACCUAGUACUCAACUUUAGGACUGGUAUCGUGUUCGAGGACAACACCGAGAUCAUCCUCGACCCCAAGAAGAUCAAGAAGAAGUACCUGAAGAGCUGGUUUGUGGUGGACUUCGUCUCCUCCAUACCUGUGGAUUAUAUCUUCCUCAUCGUGGAGAAGGGGAUUGACUCAGAGGUGUACAAAACUGCCCGGGCACUCCGCAUUGUCCGCUUCACGAAGAUCCUCAGUCUGCUGCGUCUGCUGAGGCUGUCUAGACUCAUCCGUUACAUCCAUCAGUGGGAGGAGAUCUUCCACAUGACCUAUGACCUAGCCAGUGCCGUGGUGCGAAUAUUCAACCUGAUUGGUAUGAUGCUACUGCUGUGCCACUGGGAUGGCUGUCUCCAGUUUCUUGUUCCCAUGCUGCAGGACUUUCCAUCUGACUGCUGGGUCUCCCUCAACAAGAUGGUGAACGACACAUGGAGCGAGCUGUACUCCUUUGCCCUCUUUAAAGCCAUGAGCCACAUGCUGUGCAUUGGAUAUGGAAGACAAGCCCCAGAGAGCAUGUCGGACAUCUGGCUGACCAUGCUCAGUAUGAUUGUAGGAGCCACCUGCUAUGCCAUGUUCAUCGGCCAUGCCACCGCACUCAUCCAGUCACUUGACUCAUCUAGACGUCAGUACCAAGAAAAGUACAAACAAGUGGAGCAGUACAUGUCAUUCCACAAACUCCCAGCCGACUUCCGACAGAAAAUCCAUGACUACUAUGAGCACCGAUACCAGGGCAAGAUGUUUGAUGAAGAGAGCAUCCUGGAGGAGCUUAAUGAGCCUCUGCGCGAGGAAAUUGUCAACUUCAACUGCCGUAAGCUGGUGGCCUCCAUGCCGCUGUUUGCCAACGCAGAUCCCAACUUUGUGACAGCCAUGCUGACCAAACUGAGAUUUGAAGUAUUUCAGCCUGGAGACUACAUCAUCAGAGAGGGGACAAUUGGCAAGAAGAUGUACUUCAUUCAGCACGGGGUGGUGAGCGUCCUGACCAAAGGAAGCAUUGGCAUGAAGCUGAUGGAUGGCUCCUAUUUUGGAGAGAUCUGCCUGCUGACCCGUGGCAGACGGACAGCCAGUGUGCGUGCGGACACCUACUGUCGCCUGUAUUCUCUCUCUGUGGACAAUUUCAAUGAGGUACUGGAGGAGUACCCCAUGAUGAGGAGGGCUUUUGAGACAGUUGCCAUUGACAGAUUGGACAGGAUAGGCAAGAAGAACUCGAUCCUGAUGCACAAAGUUCAGCAUGAUCUCAACUCAGGUGUUUUCAACAAUCGUGAGAACGAGAUGAUCCAGGAGAUAGUUAAAUAUGAUCGGGAGAUGGUUCAACAGGUGGAUGUGCCACGCCCACGGGCCAUGUCCAUGACGCCUCCACUGACCGGUGGGAUCUUUACGCCUCCAAGUUCCUCUGCCCACAAUUCAGCAGUUGCCACUCUCCAGCAGGCUGUAGCCAUGAAUUUUUGUGCUCCGAUGCAAGGAAACUCUGUGGGAUUGGGUAACCUGCAGUCUCCCAGGAUGAUGAGGAGAUUUCAGGUGAUGCAAAGUGUAUCGAGCCCUGUCUCAGCCUCUCCACUUCAGUCUCAACUCCUUGUUUCUGGUGCCUUUCCUCCGGUCCUGUCCAGCCCCCCUGUCCAAAGCCCACUAGCAGUCGGUGGGCGAUCAUUCCAGUAUGGAUCCAGUGCCCUGGCUGGUCCCACCUCAGGCUCACAGCUUUCUCUAGUCCAGCAGCACAUAGCCAGCCCCGUGCACAGGCCCAGCACACAUAAGAGCACCCAUUCUUUGCAAAUGGGAAGUCUGAGCCAAGAUGCCAGGGCACUGUCAGCUUCUCAGCCUUCACUGCCUCACGAGAUGGGACAACCAGCUGUCCCUAGUCCACCCCAAUCUACACGAGUCUCUUCUACUUCCAUCGAGCCCCCUCACACCCCACUGGGUCACACAGGCAUCCGGAGCGCCAUACCACACAGGGUGGUUCUCCCACACCAGAUGUCUGUUGGGGCCUUUCCUGUAGCAUCCCUCCCUGGUUCUGUUCAUGGUUUUCCACCUGUUGCAGGGGUAGCAGUAGGAGGAGUGGGAACUGGUCUGGGAGAAUCGGGACUCCCCAAGAAGGACUCUUUAGUGAGCCUUCCUGAGACAGACCACAUCAAAGUCAAAUCCAGGCUAUCCUCAAACUUGUGAACCUGAUUAAAAACACUUGGAGAGUGACUCAACAAGGAUCUUGACUACAGGAACAUGGGGAGAUUUCUGUUAUCUCUCCUACAGUUCCUCUUCUCUUUAUUCCAGUUUGACUAUCCGAUCGUAUGAAUGUCGAAUGAGAUGCAGCAGGGAGAAUCUGAUAGGCGACCGUUCUAAUAUAAUAAAGUCAGUAUGGUGACUUUUAAAAUUGCAGCACUCAGAUGUUUCUACUCACAGAAGUACUAGUUGCACAGAUUGGUAAUGGUACAGUAGUGUUUUUAAUUCACAACAUAAUCCACAACACAUGGGAAAUUUGCUUCACUACCCCUUCCUUCACCUCAUUUUAUGCAAACUUGGGGUUGGAUGAGAGUUAAAGAGAUUCAGGGAUGUGCUUAAAGUAUCAGAAGUUGGCACUUUAGUGGGAUCUUAUUGCUAUAUUUGAGCAGAUUUUCCCAGUAGGUUGGCUGCAAAAGGCCAAAUUUAUAAGAACAACACUACACAAUAUUAAUGAUGAUAUUUCAAAGUAUACAGUCUAAAAGCAGUCUACUUAUCAGAUCUUAUUAGUCUGAUUUAUAAAGUAUAAAUCAGACUAAUAAGAUCUGAUAGCCCUUAACUCAGAUAAAUAAGUCCCAGAUCACAGACAGUUAAUAUCCUCAAUGCUGAAAUUACGAUUGUAUUGUUUCUUCAAGCCAAGCCACUGAUUUCUACAGUAUAUGUCUGCCUGUUUGUUUUAUUUAAAGCUGCAUUAAUCACUGUACUUUAAAUUAGCACUGACUCUAAUCAGGUGUUUUUUUAACACCUGCAAGUUUGUUGUACUGUUCAGUCUUUUUCCAGCAAAUGAUUAAUAUUGAAGUGACCUGCACAGCAUCAACAACAGAGACAAAUUCAGCAACAAGCUGUUGAAUAAUGUUUUAAUGACCUUGUUGAGACCAAAACAGAGUUAACCAGCAUCCCAGUAAAAAAGAACUGUGAUGCAAUAAUAUGUAGUGUAAUACUGCUCAUGUGAGCAACGUUCUAAGGUAAGUGACGUCAGACUUUUGCCCUAAAGUAGCUACAAACUGAUUCAUGCAGCUUUAAGUAGAUCAUAAAGACGCGUAAAUAUAUAAUUCCUUUUAAUUACAUAUAUAUGGCCUCUGAUGGAGGACCUGAGCUUGACGAACACACACAUCAUCCCCUGGAGUGCAGGUUUAUGGACUAAAGUCAUGUAAGUGGUAAUAUCCCAUAAUUGUGAAAAUGUUCUGUUUAACCUUACAAAUUGUAAUUCACUGCCAGCCAAGUAAAAUAAAUUUUAUAGUUAAAAUGUAAAUUCCCUCAUCAAAAUGUAAAUUCAUUCUUUUCCUAACCCCUAAUCUCACUUUUCUUUAGUUGCAGUUUGGGCCAUGUGUCACUACGCCAAAGUCAAUUCACACCGAUAAUGAAACUCCCGCGAAGCUCAAUGCCGCUGCUGAUGCUACGGUUUUGGUCCACAGCCAAGGACCGUGCCGAUACUUUGCAGGAUGUAUAUUGCAGUGUGCCUCUGUCAUUAAGGCUUCAAUAAGAGGUCAUGGAAUACUGGCAAUUUGUGUCCAAAAGCAUUAGGAAGGGAACCUUUUCUCCUGGACCUGCUAUUCUAUUCACCUCAUCUCACUAAUGCCUGAACCAUUACUGGGUAAUGAGUGUGGAAAUUGGAAUCCCCCGGGUCUGUUUGGACUGUUAUUGUUCUCGUUCAAUUGGAUUUCAUUAUACAGUGCCAAUAAUGAGUUCCUCUCCUAUGAUCAUUUUGCAUUUUCAUUUUGUUUAGUUUCAGUUCAGGCGUUGUUAUCCACCUUGAGAGUUCUGAAUGGGACAAAGUUGAAGGUUUAUAAGUAUUUUUGUAUCGUGUUUUUGAGGUCUGUUGUGCUUUUGUUUUAUCCCCAAAUUAUGCCCUGUGGAACCUAUUUAGCUACUCCAAAAUAAUUAAUAGAGGCUUGUUAUGAGAAUGGUAUUUUGCUGAACUUCACAUUGUUUCCUGGAGGCACUCUGUUAGGACAGGAAAUGCAUUUGUGACUAAAUUAGUUUUUAGAUAUUUUUACUCUAGUGGAAAGCACACAGUAAAGGAUGAUGGUGUAACAGAGAAAGAGAGUAAACCAGACUGAGUCAAUACCUUUACUCAUAUCACAAGAUAUUACUAGCUCAGUUUUAAUAAUUAUAAAUAAACCCCAUGUUUUAAUUAAGUGUGGAAAUAGUGAAACCAAAGUUCCAACGAUUGCAAUUCUUUUGUAUGCAAACCUCACAGUGAUUUAGCAUAAAAAUCAGGCAACACUCAUUCAGUCCUAUUGUCUGAAAGUGAUGUUUAUCACAUGAAGCAAUAACUGUUUGAAAUGGAGUGAAUGACCACUGUAUGCAGAAGAUGUUCUGCCCUUGAGGUGUUAACGAAGAUGCAAUAUUUCAUAUUUUAGACUGCGCUCCCAAACUUUACUGAGAAUUUGUUGAACAUCUGUCUUUGAAAACAGAUACGUUUAAACCGCGCUUACUGUCCACUCAAACUAACUUGACAGACAUGGUAUUUCUAUGUGUAAACAUAGUGUGCACCAGACUAUUAAUUAAUGUAACUUAGUUUACUGUAAAUGUAGAUCUGCUAUAAAAAAAAAAAAAAAACAGAUGAAGAAAAUGUUUGAAAAAAAAAAGAAUCUCUUUGUAAUCUCUGACAGAAUGCAUAUUAUCAUCUGGUAUGAACUGAUAUUACUUGAAAAUAAUAAUUAAAAGAGAGAAAAGCUGUUUGUAUUACAGAGGAUGUAUCGCUUGUUUUUCUACAGUUACCACACAGAGUUUGUAUAUACUCACGUGCCAGUUGCUGUGGGGUCUGCAUGGUUUCUUCUACUGUUCUACUGUUCUACACCCCAGUCAACUUGCAAAGCCUGGUUCUUUUACCAGCGCAUUUUGGGGUUAUUUUUUCCCUGAUGAGUCAAUAGUGUGCUCCCCUCAAUCCUGUAAAUGCACUUUUUCUUCUUCUGCAACUUUACAAACAUAUUUAGUGUUAUGUAAAUGUUACAAAAACUCAGCUGUUCGGUUUUUCAGUACACGCUCAAGGCUUUGGUAAGUCAGCUGUGCUUACACACACAUGCACGCUCAGACACGGCAGUGGAAACGGCAACAGAAGCAUCUGUAUUUGCUUCUUUUUGUGCUUUCUUCAUAGAGCCUCGUUUUUCUUAGCUUCAGUGCUUCUCUGACGCUAAACUACAGUAUCUACCAUUCCAGUUUUUAUUUCUCUGAGGUCAUCAAUAGGAGGAAUGCGUGGGGAUUCAGGGUGUUUAAAAUGUUUACCUACAAGGGCUAUUCAUAACAACCGAGCGACGAUAUGAUUUUGUGUCAUCGACAUUAUGAUAGAUGUACAAUUAUGCGAACGAGUUUGGAUUAUUUCACUCUUACUGACCAAUAAGCAACUAGAAGGUAAAAAUAUAUGAUGCAAAUUUUAUACUGGCUGUUUCUGUGUUUUAUGGGAUUUGGUGUGACAUGAUUCGGUUUCUAUUUAUUAUUUCUUUCCUUGUUGUCAGAUCCCUGACUUGUGAGUCUAACAACCUUCCAUAUUAGUGACUCGGUACAAAGCCAAUACUUACAGCCAAUCAAUACCUUAAAUCUACAGACAAAUGUAGACAACCUCUUUUCUGGGAAACUCCCUCGAAGCAAGCCGACAAUCUCCAGCCGUCACUUUAAGAAAAAUCAACAGUGCAGUGCAGGCGUUUCUGAGUCAGGGACCUGAAGUUCUUUUAUUGAGCCACUCUGCAGUUGUCAUGUGUCCUAACAUGUACUGUGCAUACCUAGUGCCUAGCAAAUAUGGUAGUUUCCACAUACAUAUACUAUAUUCUUUGUGUGUGGCUGUAAAAAUGCGAGCUCCUCAGAAUGCAAACGUCACUGUUACAUAUAUCCCACCACAGAGUUAAACCAAUAAAUUGUAUUUGACUACAGUAUGAUUCCACUGCCUCAUGUUUAGGUUAUUUAUUUUAGAUUAGCAUGUUAGAAAAGCACAAACAUGCAAAGAGUCAAUAAUUUUGCGUUAUAAUAGAAUCAGAGCUUCUUAAUACAGUAAAAGCAGAUGAUUGUCUCUGCUCGCUGUAGGUCUUGAAGGUAUUUUUUCAUUUAUCAGAGCUGUUAUUGAUUUUUACAUCUAAAACACUGCAAUAGUUUUUCUGCGAAUUUAAACGCCUUUCUCUAGUUUCUCUUCCUCUGUAGCUUUUAUUUUAAAACACAACUGGUUAAGAUUUCUCUUCAGAAAUGUGAUGUUUAUUAGUCCUUUUUGCGCCACUCAACCUAGUCCUUUCCUUCUGAGCAUUUGGGAAGUAUCAAUAAUUUACAUGAACCUUGGGGUUAUUGAUUCCUGCUGCACUUCUGGUCUGAAAAAUUCAUGAUUAAUCCAGGUUGUAUGUGGAAGUAGGCAUGUACCAAAUUACCACAGAUGCAUCUCGCAUGUACAGGGAUCUUAACGUUUUUCCCAAGAAAUCUGUCCAGAAGAUCCUGUAACAAAAACUUUACGUUGAAAGUAAAGUUAUUAUUUACAAUUCAAAUAAAGGUUAUCACCUACAUAUAGGGGUGUUUUAACAGAUUUAAUAUGCAUCUUAUUCUGCUUUUCUAGCUGAUUUAGCAGAAAACCUUCUAGAAAACAGAAAGCGAUCAUCAAAAAUCUUUUGCUCAGUCAUAUAGUGAAUAUUAGACUUCAGCUUACUUGUGGUUUUGGUGGCAUUCUGAGCGUUUUGACCAUGGGCUGGAAGAGGCACAUUUACUUGUGCAAAUAUUUAUUUAAUUAUGCAAGAUAUCAUUCAGCAUGAAGGAUUUAUUCCACACAAUGCUUGUGCUGAGGUGUGCUCCCCUUUGGUAGUCUCGAUUAAAAGGCAGAUUCAUUAACAUCAAUAAAUGCUACCUGUCUAAUAUAUUGUUUUUCCAUCUACAGUGUUUGACUUCCACUGAACUACAAAUGUGUUUCUGAUACAAAUAUACAUUAGAAGACUGUGUUUAAUAUAAAUGCUCUCACAGCUCGUGUGGGGAUCUCCUAAGAGGGACUUAAGCAGUUGGUAAGGAAAGCUUACCCAGCUGUUCUACGUGACCUUUCCCUGCAAGUCUCUGAUCUAGAUAAACACCUGGGACAGGAAUAACAAGUCUCAUUAUGCAAUGUAAUUAUUGUAAUUAAUCAUAGACAACAAUAAUGUUAACAGGUCAAUGUCAAUUAGAGUUGAAGUCUCAGUUGUGUGCAUUCUUGGUUCCACGAGCUAAAGGUUGCAAAGGAUCAAGGGAGCGUGUAAUGUAAGUAAUCACUGGCAAACGUACUUGGACAAGAUACUAACACAAAAUGAAAACCUACUGUCAGGUUAAAGAAACCAGUUUGAGAGGAGCUCUGGGACAUGGUGAAUUAUACUAACAGGAGUGCUGCACAGUGUAGUCUUCUGCUGCUGUGGCCCAUCAGCUUCAGAGUUUGAUGUGUGGUUUGUUCAGGUAUGCUCUUCUACAUACUUUGGUUGUAGUGGGCACUUGAGUUAUUUUUUACUUCUUAUGAAGCAGUUUGACCUUUUUCUUCUGAAAUUUGGCAUCAACAAGCCAUUAUUAUCCAAAUAAGUCUCUUAAAGCACCUUUCUUCAUCAUUCUGUUGCUCACUUUGAACUGCAGCACAUUAUCCAAUCCAUGUCUAUAUGACUAAACACACUGAGUUUGUGCCAUGUGAUUCACUGAUACAUUUUCAAUGUGAUUGUAUCAUCAGUAUGCCAAUAUGCCUCGUUUUGUUUUUGCUGCAGGAUGAAUUUUUACACACAGCGCUCCAUAAAAACAGCAGGGAGCAAGGCCAAAAAUGCAAAGUCAGCUGCAACAGACAUCCAGCACAUGGAAGGUGGAAAUAUAUUUAAGUCAAAUUGUAUGAUUAGUGGGCACAGAAGAGUUGUAUGUGAUCAAACUGAAGAAUCAUAAAAUAUUCAGUUGUUUAAAGUAAGUAUGUAAAUAAAAUAAUGAAUUUGUGUCUUACUUUUUCAUAUUUUUUUGCAGACAAAAUAUUCUAAAAUUCUAAAUGAGUAAUCUAAACCAUUUUGAAAACCUUCAAAAACUCUCAAGCACAGAAAUCACAAAAGUUUCCACUUCUUGACGUCCUUGUUCAGACAUUUUUGGAGUGCCAUUUCAAAAGCCACAGUUUUCCCUGCAGUGUUGAGACAGAUGGUCUCCAAAGGGGGAAUUUAAUAGACUUCACACUUAUUGUGUGAGUUUGCCACUUAGAGGUUGACAUGCAGAUGAUUACAGAAGCCUCGGAGGGUUUACUUCUUU